AUGGCAACGACGGAGAAUCUAGUCUACAAGGAAAAGCAUGCUCGUAUCCGAGUUGAGGACAAUCUGGAGGAGGCCAAGGGAGCCCAGAAAAAAGCUGAGGAAGCCCUCAAACCUCUCCAAGACAAACUUGACUCUGCCGAGGCCAUGGUCAAUGACCUAAAGGCGGAGCUCGAUACCAAGACAGCGGAUUUCGAUGCUGCCAGGGCCGAGAUAGAUCGCAUGAAGAUUGAGACAACUACUUCCAAGGCCGAGAUUGAACAUCUAAGGGAGGAAAAGAAUUCUGCCUUCAAAAUUCUUGAGGAUAAGAAAAAGUGCAUGCUCGAGGAGUUUAAGGGCAAGAAGGAUUGGGCUACUGACCGAGCCAUGUACAUGAUGUGGUCUCUAAACCCUGACAUCGACACCUUGUUCCUCCAGGAUAAAGAGGAGGAGUUCAUCUCCAAAUUGAAGGCUCGGUUAGCUGAGGAGGAGGUCACAGACACCACUCAAGAUGGUGGGAAUGGAGACGAGAAAGGCGAAGAGGUUGAGUCCAGUUCAGCCAAUCAAUAA